AUGGCUCAGCAACAGAAGCAACAACGACAGCAACAACAACGACAACAACACGCUCCACGUAGAACCAGCACCUCUUCAGACAAUGGAACCAAUUCAAGCGGUUCAUCGUCCGCCUUUGAUGUCCUUCAAAAACUCUUUCUAGACCCGAUUUCCGCCUGUUAUGCUGAAGAUGCGUACAACAUGGUAGAAGAUUCCAAUACCAAAGAAUGGUCGAUUGAAAGUAGCUCCGCUGGCAUCAAGAGUCCCAGCAGAAGCUUGGAUUCGUAUUAUUAUGGUGAAGAAGGAGAGCAAGAGGAAGAUGAAGACGAAGAUGAUUUGCCACUGAAUGGAUUGAUUGACGAAUCCAUGAGUCACACCAAAUCCAUCAAGUCUUCUAGAACUUCCAGCACCAAAAGUUCGGCUUCUUCCACCGAAAUGGCACGAGAACACAGUUCGUCCUCCCGACACAGCAGUGCUUAUGGGAUUCCCAUAUUACGGGAUUUGCCAUCCUUUCCUACAUCCAGUCACUCAAAUGCUAGCGGUUUCAGCAGUCCUGCACGAUACAACAUUUCGACUAGCCGGUCGAUGGCAAGCGAAGUAUCUUCACUCAUGUCCGAAUACGAGACCAAACUUCCCAAUAUCAAUACCAUGCGAAAACCCAUCAAUCCUGCCAUGCUUCCAUAA